AUGAAAAUCCAGGUGAGUCGUGCAUAUUUUAAUUGAUAAAUAUUUCACAGUAUUGUUUAUAUAUUUAAUAUUAAAAAUUUUUCCAAAAACAAUUUUAUAGAAUCUGAAAUCGGUUUGGGAAAAAAAGGACGACCGAGAAGAAGAGAACAUAGAACUUCGAGGCAAGAAUGAUGCUAGGUCCGACUUGACUAAGACUGCACAUUUUAGUCCUUUUGUAUCAACGUCGCUACAGCCAUGUUUAUUGAAGGAUAAUCAAAAUACCCUUGAAAAAUUAUGCGAAAAGCAAACGAAAGAGAAAAAACCCAAAAUUCAAGGACUUUUGGCAGUUCUGCAUGGCCUUCAGGCAGAAUACAUCGCACAGGAUGACAAGCAAUAUGAUACCAGCUAUCUACCAUUUGACGAGGCAGUUGAAAUUUACUUUGCAUACCAAAAUAAAGUUCCACCGUUCACCAAAGCGGAUCACAAUAAUUUCACUUACGCUCUCUUACACAAAACAUGGGGACUUUGUGUUCAUAUCAUUUAUGUGGAGAAGUUGAAUAAACGAUUCAUUGUACUAAGACCAGAUUGCUGUAGCCUGGAAGUUUUCUUUGACAUGUUAUGCUCUUCAGAAAAUAUAAACGCACCUUAUGGCAGUACCGAUCUAGACGCAGAAAAAGUCCAGGGAAUUAUGCAAACCAUCGACACUGAGUGGGACAGGAAAGUUGCGCGUGUUCUACUUGGUUCUGAUCGAUCAAGAAAAGAAAUAAAGGAACUUGGAAUUGAUCCAGACAAUACCAAACAAAAUACAGCAAAGGCUAGGUUUACUCAGUUCUUUAUAUAG